GGGGAGGGGGGCGUCCCCUAGUUUGACGGUCGCCAUGUGGAUGUCCGCGUGGCGCGCUUCGGCGGUGUUUGCGCCGCAGCCGCCCUGCCUUCCGACGCGAAGCCCGGCGCUUCGCGGCACGGCGCCGGAGCCGGAGCCGCGGAGGCUGAGGCAACGCCGUGCCCGAACUUCCCUGCGCGCCGCGCGUGCCUCGCGCGGGGACUACGACGCAGUCGUGGUGGGCAGCGGGAUCGGCGGCCUGUGCGCUGCGGCGACCCUGGCCAGGUACGGCAAGAAGGUGCUUUGUGUCGAGGCUCACGACACCGCCGGCGGCGCCGCGCACGGCUUCAAGCGCCGGGUGCCCAAGCUGGGAACCUUCCGCUUCGACACGGGGCCCUCCUUCUUCAGCGGGCUCUCGGCGCCCGAGACCGCCCGCAUCAACCCCCUGAAGGCGGUUUUGGACCUCCUGGAGACUGAGGUGCUGUGCCACCGCUAUGAGUCCUUCGGCCUGUGCUUGCCCGAGGGGCACUUCACCCACACGCGUGGCUUUGGCAAAGAGGUGCUGGCGGAGGUGUCCGGCGAAGCUGCGGUGAAGGAGUGGGAAGCGCUGCUGCAGGCAAUGAAGCCCUUGGCCGCACUGGUGGAGGCGCUGCCGGUACCUGCGCUUCGCUUGGACCCCUCUGUGCUGCUCACGGCGGGGCCCUUUCUGCCCAAGUUCCUGGCGGCCGCCAACCCGCUGGACCGAUCCACGGAGGCGCUUCAGCUCAAGGACCCCUUCGCCAAGACGCUCUCAAGGGCCGGGCUGAAGGAUCCCUUCGCCCGACGCUGGCUGGAUUUGCUGUGCUUCUGCCUCUCCGGACUGCCGGCGGAUGGCACCGUCACCGCGGAGAUGGCCAUGAUGUUCGGGGAAUUCUACAAGCCCGGCGCCACCAUGGACUACCCCGUCGGCGGCGUGCAGAGUUUGGUGCGCGUGCUCACGGAAGCCUUGGCCAAGUACCAGGGCGAGCUCAGACUGAGGGCAGAGGUGGAGGAGAUCCUGGUGGAGCGGAACAAGGCCUGCGGCAUUCGCCUGAAGAGCGGCGAGGAGCUGAGGUGCUCCACGGUGAUUUGCAACACCAGCUGCUGGGACCUCAUGAAGCUCUUGCCGCCCGACUCGCUGCCGGAUGCUUGGCGCCGGGAGCGUGAGAGCACUCCGGCCUGCCGGUCCUUUAUGCACCUGCACCUGGGCUUCGAUAUGAAAGGCUUGGAUGCUUUGCAGGAGCACUACAUCUGCCUGGAGGACUGGGGCCGUGGGGUCGAUGCGGAGGAGAACGCCCUGCUGAUCUCCAUCCCUUCCGUGGAGGACAAGACCCUGGCGCCGGAAGGCUUCGGGGUGCUGCACGCCUACACCCCUGCCACGGAGAGUUGGGAGCGGUGGAAGGACUUGGACCGGAAGAGUCAGGAGUACCAGGACCUCAAGGAAGCGCGCGUGCAGUUCCUCUGGCGCCAGUUGGAGCGAGUCAUCCCCGACCUCCGGCAACGCGCCAAGGUGCAGCUGGUGGGCACGCCGCUCACGCACCGCCGCUUCCUGCGGCGUUUCCAGGGCUCCUACGGCCCAGCGAUCUCCGCGAAGGAGGGCCAGGAGUUCCCCGGGCCUCUGACGCCGCUGCCAGGUUUGCUGCUCUGCGGCGACAGCUGCUUCCCGGGCAUCGGCGUCCCCGCGGUGGCCGCCAGCGGCCUGCUGGCGGCCCAUGCCUCCGGCCUCGACACCCUGCGGCCGCAGGCCGACGCGCUGCGGCGGCUGUUCGGCUGAGCGGGAG